AGGGCAUAGUCAGUUGCUGUGUCCCGCCAUUCUCCGUGACAUCGUGGAGCGUGUGUGUAGUUUCGAUCUCUUUGUAAGAAGAGCAGGAUGAUCUUUGUCGUAGGAAAGCGAACUAGCAAGCUGCUUCUUGAAGGGAAAGUGCUACCCCGAACUAUUCUGCAUUGGAAACGGUGUGACUGGAAGGGACGUGCCUCUUGAGCAAAGCCACUUGUCUUCGUCGAGGGAUCGGGGAGCAGCAGCAGUGAUGAAAGCAGCACUGUGGUCAAGAAAGAGAGGCGUAAGGAAGUUUCAAACCCCAUGAUUCAGAAGACCAAAAAAACUAUGAAGGACAAUACCUCAUAUGGAUCAAGUAGUGAUGAUGAGAACAAGCCUGAAGGAAUUGGAGUUGCAUAUAAAUCUACAAGAUCUGCGAAACCUGUUGGUCCAGAGGAUAUGGGAGCAACAGCUGUAUAUGAACUGGACACAGAGAAAGAAAAAGAUGCCCAAGCCAUCUUUGAACGAAGCCAGCAAAUCCAAAAGGAACUCCGAGGAAAGGAAGAUGAUAAGAUUUACCGAGGGAUCAAUAAUUACCAAAAGUAUGUGAAGCCAAAAGAUACAUCCAUGGGGAAUGCCUCUUCAGGUAUGGUAAGGAAGGGACCCAUUCGAGCCCCAGAGCAUCUCAGGGCCACUGUGCGAUGGGACUACCAGCCUGACAUCUGUAAAGACUACAAAGAAACUGGAUUUUGUGGCUUUGGAGACAGCUGCAAGUUCCUCCAUGACCGAUCGGACUACAAGCAUGGCUGGCAAAUUGAGCGGGAGCUGGAUGAGGGACGCUAUGGGGUUAAUGAUGAUGAAAACUAUGAAGUCAGCAGUGAUGAAGAUGAAUUGCCCUUCAAAUGUUUCAUCUGCAGAAACCCCUUCAAGAACCCUGUGGUAACCAAGUGCAAGCAUUACUUUUGUGAGAACUGUGCUUUGCAGCAUUACCGCAAAUCUCAGCGAUGUUAUGUAUGUGACAAGCAAACAAAUGGAGUCUUCAACCCAGCCAAAGAUCUCCCCCCUGCCCCCAGUGGCAUCCAGAGUGAGGAGAGGGUGCCCCAGAGAUCAAGCCUGAUCAUAGAAGAGCUUGACAGCAACAUGGAGCGCUAAGUGUGACAGCUGUGAUCCUCUUAUUUAGCAGCAGUAUUUUUCAUGGUGAAAAGGGCUGGGUUUUUCCUGGUCCCAGUGGACAGCUCAUGUGGUGAUACAGUCCCUGAACAGUUUUGCCAGAGAUUUAUUAUUAUU